AUUUUCGAUAUCAAGCGUUGAUCAAGAAUCCUCGUCCUUUUCCGCUUCCGCUUUGAUAUAAGAUGACGAAAGGAACCUCGAGUUUCGGUAAGCGGCACAACAAGACCCACACCAUUUGUAGAAGGUGUGGCCGAAGUGCUUAUCAUAUCCAAAAGAAGGAUUGUGCAAGCUGCGGAUACCCGCAAGCCCGAAAACGCUCCUUCAACUGGAGUGAAAAAUCCAAGAGACGCCGAACAACUGGAACUGGACGUAUGAGACACCUCAAGAAAGUUCAACGUCGAUUCAACAAUGGUUUCAGAGAGGGAACCGUCCCUAAGCCACGCAAGGCUAAGGUUCAGGCCGCCAGUGCUGCUAAAUAA